CGCUAAGCGGCGCUCUAGCGGGGCGGGGCGUACUACAGGUCCCAUGAGCCUCUGCGGUAGGGCUGAGGCGCACUACGAGUCCCGUGAGUCUCCGCGGCGGGGCGUACGUACUACCAGUCCCAGUGGUCCCCGCGGCGGGUGAGGUGUCGCGUCCAGCCGCGGGGAGGCGGAGUGGAGCUGAGACAGCGUCGCAAGCUGGCUGCUGUUGGGCUGAGGCGCGCGUUCAGGGCGCCCUCUAGCGCGUCCUUUCCACUCAGCGGCCACUGGGAUUCCGUGAGAUUUGAUUCACUUCUGAGAAACAAGACAACAAAACAAAACAAAACCAAAAUAAGAUAAAUAACAAUCUGAGUGAUCAGCAUCAGCCUGAUGGGCCCGGCCCCGGAGAGCAGCGAGUUUGUGCACAGAACAUGGGUACAGUGUGAGAAUGAGAGCUGCCUGAAAUGGAGGCUGCUGUCCCCUGCAGCUGCAGCCGCGGUGAACCCCAGCGAGCCCUGGUACUGCUUCAUGAACACUGACCCCAGCUACAGCAGCUGCUCCGUCUCCGAGGAAGAUUUCCCUGAAGAAUCUCAGUUCCUUGAAAACGGGUAUAAGUUUGUCUAUUCACAGCUACCUCUCGGAAGCCUGGUUUUGGUAAAAUUACGGAAUUGGCCAAGUUGGCCAGGAAUACUUUGUCCUGAUCCUUUCAAAGGGAAAUAUGUAACCUAUGACCAGGAUGGAAAUGUUGAAAAGUAUUACAUAGAAUUUCUGGGUGACCCCCACUCGACAGCAUGGAUGAGUGCAGCGUUUGUUGGACAUUUUAGUCUCACGUUAAAGGCAGCAGAAUGUACAAAGAAGAAGAGGUGGUAUAGAAGUGCCCUGGAGGAAGCAUACCAACUCUACAGGUGUUCAGCAGAGCAAAGACUAGAAGUGUGCUGCCUGUCAAAGCCGAACAGAGCCAAAACAGAUACCAAAGCUGCUGUGGUGACCAAGAAAGGGAUGCAAGUUUCCAAAAUUAAUACUGAAAAGAAAAGGCCCAGAGUUAGAAAGAGGAAAAGGGAUGCUGCUUUAAAGUGCUCUGUUGAAAUUUUUUGUUCUGAUGAAGCCCUAUCAAAGGAAAACAUGGUUGUCUCCGAGACUGAAGGUUUGCUGAAAGAACUGGAGAAAAUGCUGCAACAAAUCCAAGAACCCACAGCAAGAGAGGAUGAGUCACGGGGAGAGCAGAUGUCACAUGGAUUCAUUACACAGAUGACUUCAUGCUCCCUGGACCUUGUGAGCCCAAAGCAGCAGCUGUUAGCAUCUGUGUUUCAGAGGGCGAGACAAAAACUCCUCAGGGAUUGCAGAACUUCCUGAAAGCCCAUGGAUACAUUGCUAUCAGAAAAGGAGCAUCGCCCACAGGAGUGAGUUCUAGAGGGUCCUGAAGAACUCCAGAUCAUCAGACUACAGAGACACCUGCACACCCGAGUUUACUGCAGCCCUUGUCACUGUAGCUAAGGUGGAACUAACUUAGUGCCCAGCAUCACCGAAUACGUAAGGAAAAUGUGUAUACACUCAAUGGAAGUUUUCACACAGUUAUAUCCUUUGUGGAAAAUGAACAAAACAGAGACAAUCAGAUUAAACGAAUUAAACCAGUCUCAGAACAGAAAGACCGAUUUUGUAUGUUUACCCACAUUUCUGGUCCCUGGAUUUUAUACAAUCAU